AUGUCAUCAACGUCUACUUAUAAGUUAAUUUAUUUCAAUGGCCGUGGCCUAGCUGAAACAUCGCGUAUGCUUUUUAAAGCUGCUGGUCAAGAAUUCGAAGAUUUUCGUUAUUCAGUUACAAUCAACGGAGGUCAAUAUAUUAGACCUGAAUGGGACACAGAUAAAUCAAAAUAUAUAUAUGAAAAAAUUCCGGUACUUGAAAUUGAUGGUGGUAAACAUAUAAUAGUUCAAUCAAAAGCAAUCGAACGAUUUCUAGCACGUCGUUUCAAUAUGUACGGUACUAAUGAUGUUGAAGCUGCAGUUAUCGAUGCGGCUGGUGAACAAAUCAAUGAUGUUAAACAAGCAUACAAUAAAGCUAAAGCAGCUGGUGCUGAUAGUGAAAAGAAAUUUUUUGAAGAAGAUUUGAAAAAAACGCUCCUGGCAUUUGAAAAACAGGCAACUAAGGAUAAUUCUGGCUAUUGGAUAAGCUCACAUUUAUCAUUAUUUGACAUUCAACUUUAUAAUUUAAUAAAUUCCUUUGCUGAUCAAGAAAGCGUUCAAAAAGUAUUAGAAGAAUAUCCAACACUAAAAACUAUUCAUGAUAAAGUUGGACAAACAGCAGAAAUUAAAAAAUGGGUUGAAGAACGCCCAAAAACAAUAUUUUAA